GGAUCCUCACUACAGACCACAUCUAACUCGCUCUCCUCAGAGAAGCACAAGCUCUCCUUCUGAAACAAUGGCUCCUGCGUACAUGAAUUCUGCUGACUACUCAAAGCUUUCCAACAAGGAAAAACAUAAACUACGAAAACCAGCGGUGGAAAAAAUGCGCCGUGAUCGUAUCAACAACUGCAUUGAGCAGCUUAAGGUGAUGCUGGAGAAAGAAUUCCACCAGCAAGACCCCAACACCAAGCUGGAGAAAGCUGACAUUCUGGAGAUGACUGUCAUCUUCCUGAAGCAGCAGCUGCAAAGCCAGAUCUCAGCGCCUCAGAAAGCUCACUGUGACGGUUACUCUCAGUGCUGGAAGGAGACCGUGAACUUCCUGUCUGACAACUCCAAACUGGACAUGACGCUUCAGCAUCUCAACCGCUGUCAAGAAGCCCGGAGAACACAGAAAGAUUUCCCAGUGUCUCCACGUUCCUCCCAGACCCACCAGGCUCCUGUCAAGCAGGACAUCAAUGUAAACAGAGCUGUGUGGAGGCCUUGGUAGGGACACUGAGCACAGAGACUCUCUCAUGUCAACCAAAUGGUAGUUUUACCAUCGCUAAGUAGGAGUGUAUUUUCCAUUCCAGUGAUUCAGAUCAUUUUCUCAUGUUGGGUUUUGAUCAGAAUUCUUAAAAGUAUGUUUAUUAUAUGUCCUCCCUAUGGGUUGGGCAAGGUUAUCAAUUAACCCAUGUUAUUACUCUUCAUAUUGAAGACUUACACAUUUUUUUUUUGUUUAUCUUAACUCCAGUGAAGUUUUAUUUAUUAAAUUAUUCUAAUUGAUUGUAUUUGUUACCUUUUUUAAUAAAAGUUUUGAAUAUGUAUUUCAUUUUUACAUGUUGCCUUAAA